GCUGAGAAGCCCCGCCCCGAAGGCGCCUGACGCUGAGCCGCAGCCCCUUCUCACUUGUAGCCCCGCAGAUCUCCAUUUUCUUCUUUCCUCAUAUUCCGGAGCGGAAGAGCAAAGACUUUUGGAAAAAAUGGAUGAAGAAUACGACGUUAUCGUUCUGGGCACCGGGCUUACGGAAUGUAUUUUAUCAGGCAUUAUGUCAGUGAAUGGGAAAAAGGUUCUGCACAUGGAUCGCAACUCCUACUACGGAGGUGAUAGCGCCUCCAUCACACCUCUUGAAGACCUCUACAAGCGCUUCAACCUUCCCGGAAGCCCUCCUGAGUCAAUGGGAAAAGGCCGGGAUUGGAACGUGGACCUUGUCCCUAAAUUCCUCAUGGCCAAUGGUCAGCUGGUCCGCAUGCUGCUGAUCACACAGGUGACUCGCUACCUGGAUUUCAAAGUGGUUGAAGGCAGUUUUGUGUACAAGAAGCCCAAAAUCCAUAAAGUUCCCUCUACGGAGACGGAGGCCCUGGCAUCCAGUCUGAUGGGGCUGUUUGAGAAGCGGCGCUUCAGAAAGUUCCUGGUCUUUGUUGCCAACUUUGAUGAGAAUGACCCCAAGACUAUGGAGGGUGUCGACCCAAAGAAGACGACGAUGAGGGAAAUAUACAAGAAGUUUGACCUGGGCCAGGAAGUCAUGGACUUCACCGGCCACUCCCUUGCCCUCUACCGUACAGAUGAUUACCUGGAUCAACCCUGCAUGGAAGCAGUCAACAGGAUAAAGCUUUACAGUGAGUCUCUGGCCCGAUAUGGCAAGAGCCCAUAUCUGUACCCGCUGUACGGCCUGGGAGAACUGCCACAAGGCUUUGCCAGGUAGGGGACACUUUCCAUCUUGAACUAUGUAAUGACGUUUUACCAUUUUAAUGUCCCUGCAGUGUCCCUUUGGUGUUGUUCACUACUUUAACUUUUUGAACAUGUUUGCAAAUCACAGAUUGCAAGGUGCAAGCAGCUGAUCUGCGACCCCAGCUACAUUAUGGAUCGUGUCACCAAAGUGGGUCAGGUGAUCAGAGCCAUCUGCAUCAUGAGUCAUCCUAUAGCCAACACUGGCGACGUAAACUCGUGCCAGAUCAUCAUCCCGCAGAAUCAGGUCAACAGGAAACACGACAUCUAUGUUUGUAUGAUCUCCUUUGCACACAAUGUGGCUGCGCAGGGUAAAUACAUCGCCAUCGUUAGCACCACAGUGGAGACGGGCGAGCCAGAGAAGGAGAUCAAGCCAGCCCUGGACUUACUGGAGCCCAUCGAGCAGAAGUUUGUCAGCAUUAGCGACCAGUAUGCACCCACUGACAUUGGGACUGAAAGUCAGAUCUUCAUCUCUCGGUCCUACGAUGCAACGACUCACUUUGAGACCACCUGUGAUGACAUCAAGGACAUCUACAAGAGGAUGACAGGCUCAGAGUUUGACUUUGCUGAGAUGGAGCGCAAGAAGAAAGACACCUUUGGUGAUGAUGAUUCGUAGAGGCAGCCAGUCCUGCAACACUCUGAUAAUCAAAGACAACGGAAAUCUUAUAAAAAAUAGAAAACUUACACAAAAAAGUAAAGACCAGUGGGCUGACUGAUUACUCGAGUACACAGUUUGCCCACUGAAGAAGUUGAUGAUGCAUAGAGAGGCGGUAUAGUUUUGUUGGAUAGGGUUCAGGGAGAGCGCUAUGCUUCUUCACAUCAUUCUGGUGGGUGUUGCACUAAAUACUGGUUAUAUCUAAUAGACAGUUAAUACCCUACAUUUUUCUAAUUCAUCAUGCUAAGACGAUGCGUAGUCCAAAGAUGCCAAAUGAAACGAUUCAUAAUCAAUAGUAUCUGGAAAAGAUGUACACUAUAUACUCGGCUGAUAUUUUGUAUAUGCAGGUAUUCUUUUCGUGUCAGGUUCUGUGAGUUGUGGCUUGGCAUCGUGUGUCUGUAUUCAGUUGUGGUGUGUUGAGCUGAGUGUUCCUCACAGGAUGUGGCAGUUCCUGCACUUUCAGGCCGGUAACAGCAGAGCGCCGUGCGAGGCAGCACCUCAGCAUCCACAUCAUAUGGUCCGGUUUUGUAAAAGUGCUUUAGUGGUGUAUGGGCUAGGUCUCUUUUCUUUGUUCGAUCCCCUGAUUGUGCGACAGCAUACAGUAAGUGAUGUCACCGGCACGACUGUAGCUCAACAUAAACCUCCUGAACCGGUUUCAACACUUUGAGUUACUAUAAUGCAUCUGAGAAAAAUGUAUUAGUUCCUGUAUUACCCCAAAUAAUCAAAGACCCGAGCAUUAACAGCAGAUUGAUGACACGUGUAAUUGCUUAAGAAGGACCAAAUGUGUACUGCAGCAGUAUUGAACUGAUGGGAGCCUUGUGAUAUCUGGUUUUGAACAACUGUUGUUAAAAAAGGAAGAAAAAAACUAUCUUGGGGCUCAAAUGAUUUCUGUACUGCAAAGUAAAAAAAGAAAAACUUUGUCAAAAUCCAAA